GAAGGACGCGAGAUCAAAGGCAUAAAAAUAAUUAAUGGUGAAGAAAAUCCUGGAAUCUUUAUCGAAGGUGGCAUGCAUGGCAGGGAAUGGAUUUCUCCAGCAACGGUCAUGUAUAUCUUGCAUGAAUUAUUGUUUAGCAAUCAUUCAGAUGUGAGAUACAUAGCUGAUAUGCAUAAUUGGUAUAUUUUCCCAAUAUUCAAUCCCGAUGGAUAUGCAUAUUCUUUUACCACGGACCGAUUAUGGAAGAAAACUCGCAAACCAUCCAGUCCUAACUGCAAUGGAUCGGAUCCUGAUAGAAACUGGGGUUUUCACUGGAAU